AUGGCGCGAAGCCCACGCGCUAGCCGUGGGGCUGUGGCGCCAGCACCCAAAUCCGAGGCCAGCCAACGCUUCAAGAACAUGUUCUUCACCACAGCCGUGCGCCAGGUUGGCAACCCCAUCGAGCCGGUGCCAAUGAGCUCGUUUUUCAAAGUAUUCCGCUCCUAUCAAAAGCCCGCAGCAGAGGGCACGCAAGGAGAAUCCCGCUCCACGACACUUUGUCCUGACACCCACUACGGCACCUUGCAGUUCAAAACGCACGGCUUUCAGAAGCAGGCAGUACCGUACCUGCGCCUGGCUUACCGCACCCCAGCCACAGUCCAAAGCGAGAAAACGGUCAAGCAUGCCGUCUUCUUCUCCCAGCUCUGCAGUCGCAUGCGCCUCGAUCAUUUUGGCCAUACGCGCCCGAACCUGAUCAUCUCGGUGACUGGCGGCGCCAAAAGCUUCCAUCUUUCACCGUUGCUGAUUGAAGCCAUCCGCACAGGCAUCAUGCGUGCCGCCGCUGCCACCGAUGCCUGGGUCAUCACCGGUGGUACCAACACCGGUGUCAUGAAGCUCGUCGGCGAUUUUAUGAAUGAUCUCAACAAGGACAAAUUCAUCCCUACCAUUGGCAUCGCCACCUGGGGCAUUGUUCACGAGGCUGAAAAGUUGGCUCAGGCUCUGCUACCGCAGCCGAAUCGAGAAGACCGCCUCGAUGUUGAAUACGCCAUGAACAAAGUACCCGAGGCGAAGGGUUCAAAGUGCAACCUUGACAGUGGUCAUAACCUCUUUCUGCUGGUUGAUGACGGCACCGACUCUAAAUUUGGUGGCGAAAUCGCCUUUCGCGCCGCCUUUGAGCGGCAAGCACAUGACGCUGUCGUGUCUGGGACGCCUGUGGUCGUGAUUGAUGGGACAGGCAUGGUGGCAGACCUGCUUGCCUAUGCGUACAAUUUCACCCACUCAACUUUGACGCGGUACAGCACCUACUCGGUCGAAGCACUGCGACAGCAAAUUCGGGGUGAAUUUCCAGACUGGGAUGAGCAGAAGGUUGAAAACACCAUGCACAAGCUGUUUGCGACUGUAGUCUACAAGGACAAGAUGUUUGUUUACAACAUCCGCGAUAGUGCUGGUGAAAAUAUUGAUGAAGUCAUCCUGGACGCCAUCUCCCAAGGCUCACAUGUCUCAUUCAAGACCAAAUUGUUGCAAGCCAUGAGCUUUGAUCGUAUUGAUAUGGCCCGCCGAUUGUUGGCGGAGAUUCAUGACAAUCAUUUGCUUGAGAGCGAAGAAGACAUUGCCGAGGCUCUCAAUACGAACCUGAUGGAGGCUCUCAUGAACAACAUGCCCCACUUUGUUCAACUCUAUCUUGAGUAUGGUGCAACCGCGCGAAAUUUGCAACCCACGCCAGAGUUCAAGGCCUAUUUGAUGGAGCUCAGGUCUGAUGCAAACCUGAUCAAGCGCACCAACUUGAACAAGAGCGUCAGCUCAAACCCCGAGGGCGCUCGUGCUGGUCUUUCGCGGCACGCCACCGCUCUAACGCCCCUUGACAGCUCAGGCAAAGCUGCCGAUGACGUUCAAACCCGAACCACCUUGAACAGCGUUGCCAAUACUGUUCGCAUUGCCCAGAACAUGAGUGGCCCUGCCCGCAACAGCAAUACCCUCUGUGGCGAGCACCUGCUUCUGUUGGCUAUGGAGCAGCUUUAUUUUGUGGCGGGAGGGGUCAUUUCAGGCCACGUGUAUCGUCUACGUGAGCGUAGCACCUCGCUGAAUGCUGCCAAGCCGCACAAGGAGCCCGGGCGUCCCUUUCGGCUCAAGUUCAUGGAAGCUAUUCUUGGCCAUUUGGCUGGAUCAGAAGUCCAAAUUCAACGAGACUGGAGCUUGCUUGAUGACGGUGUCACAAGCCCAGAAGACGAGUUGGCAUUGGAAAUGAUGGCCAUGAACAUGCUUUUCCUGUGGGCUGUGUGCCUCAACAAGUACCGCCUCAGCGAAAUUUUCUGGCAGAUGGGCGAUGAGAGCAUUGCCAAUGCCUUGAUCGGCUCAAACAUCCUCUCCAAGCUGGCUCGGCACCGCGCCCUCUCAAGCCCACAUUUGGAAACGGAGCGUGUCAAAGCGCUUCACAACGCGGACAAACUUGAGGAGCUGGCCGUUGGCGUUCUCUCUACCUGUCACCGGGCCAACCUGACACGCACUUCGAAAAUCCUGCACGAAAAGCUGGAUGUCUUUGGUGGCAGGAACAUUAUGGAAGUUGCCUAUCGUCACGAAAAACUGCGAUUCCUGUCCCAUCCAGCGACGCAGUCACUUGUUAGCCAGGCUUGGUAUGGUGACAUUCGCGAGAUCAACCCAACGUGGCAGCUCCUCUUGGCCCUGUUCUGCCCUCUUCUCAUCCCGACGGUUCGCAUUCGACGGGAUGAUGUCAACGACGGCGUGCUUGACCUUGAUUUUGAGGACACCAAAGUGGAGGGCUACGCGAUUCAAGGCGAUCAGAAUGCUCUUGCAGCUCUGCCCAGCACUGAAAGCCGACCCAAUCGCACUAACACCGUCACAAGCAUGGCCAGCGCCCGCACGCAGAGCGUCAAGUCCAACCAGUCCCUGCUCACUUACGUCAACAACUACAACAAACACGUUGAGAAAACUGGUCACCUCAAUGCCGCCGAGCUGUGGAUCAAGGCCAAAGCUUUUUACUCAUCUCCCUUUGUCAAGUUCAUCUCCGACUGCCUUGCCCACCUGAUGCUGACCCUGCUGGUCUCGUACUACGCACUCAACACCCUGGAGGACUAUUUCUCGUUUUACGAAUACCUGAUCCUCUUUUGGUUUGUCACCAUCACUUUGGCCGAAAUCAUCGAGUAUGUUGAGAUCAAUGAGCUGCCUCGAUACUUUGGCAGCAUAUGGAAUAUCAUCGACACGAUCAUGUUGGCAGGCUACUACUUGGCCCUUGUCGUUCGCAUCUCCAAUUUGUCGGAUUUCCAGUCCAAAACAAACGCCAAGCUCUUCAUUGCCUUUGUCGUCCUCAUCCUUUGGUUGCGUUUCAUGCGCUACUAUGCCGUUUCCAAGGACGUUGGACCCAAGUUGAUCAUGCUGUUUCGCAUGACGCGAGACGUCAUCGUUUUCGUGUUCAUCAUUGCCGUCUUCAUCUUCAGCUAUGGUGUCGCAGCCCAGUCGAUCCUGUGGCCUCAACGCGAUGUCGAUGCUCAGACCUUUGAAAAUGUGUUGUAUCGCCCCUACUUCCAAAUCUAUGGCGAGCUCUUUCUGGAAGAAAUGAAUGCUGAAAGUGACUGCGUCGGGCCUGAACCAUUUUCCUCCUGUGGCUACACGUAUGCCUGGGUUUUGCCGCCGCUGUUGGCGCUUUACAUCUUGGUCACGAAUAUUGUGCUUAUCAAUCUCUUGAUCGCCAUGUUUGCCGACACAUAUCAGCGCGUCAAUGAAGAGGCGCGUGAGCUGUGGCACAGCCAAAAUUUUGACGUCUACAAUGAGUAUCACACCCGUACGGUGCUUCCGGGGCCGUUGGCUUUUUUCUCCCACGUCUGGACGCUGGCGCGAAUGUGCCUGUGCUGCAAGCCUCAGGAUGAGUAUAGCUCGACCAACAACGAAGAGCUUGCCCGCAUCCGCCAUUUUCAAGAGUGGCACACUGACAAAUUUCUCGCCGACCGGCGUCACCGUAACGACGAUACGCCAGAAGAGCUGAUGGCAGCAGUCCGCAAGCAAAAUACCAACCUUCUAGACGUGAUUGGAGAGAUGCAAGAGAAAUUGGUGAUGAUGCAGAUGAGCUUGAAUCGUCAGGGCCGUGAGCGUGAUCUUCCUGCCACUCGACCUGCCACGCGCGCUCAGUCUGCGGCGCCCAAUGCCUUUCGGCGCAUGUCGCUGGGUCGCGUGCGUGCUGUUCAAUACCGAUUCCCACCGUUGAAGUACCCGGAGAGUGAGCAGCUGCGGCUUGCGUUAAACAAUGACCAAGUGCCUUGGACGACAAGCAUGAGCAACUACAAUCCCCCAGAUUACACAGCCGAAGAACUCCUCAAAGAGCCACGCCCAGAGUGGGCAGACGGCCCAGACCCACGCAAAUACGGUUUCAACAAAGUGGAAAUGCAAGGAGACAGCUUUUCGACCGAUCGCACCUCAACCAUGAAAGUGGUCGUGGACUCGGCCACUGGGCGCCCCAUCAAUCCUUAUGGUCGCACCGGCUUGUCAGGCCGAGGCUCUCUCGGACGCUGGGGUCCGAAUUGGGCGGCAAAUUGCCUCAUUACCCGCUGGCGUCGCGAUGUGCACGGCAAUCUGGUCGAACGUGAUGGUCGCUGUGUUCUCGAGUUCCUAGCCAUUGAACGGCAAAGCUUUGGAGGCUGGGCAUUGCCGGGUGGAUUCCGGAACGACGCGGAGGACCGCCGUGGCGCGCUUGAGCGCCUGCUAAAGCAUGAGAUUUAUCAACAGGACAAGCUGACACAAGUGGAGGUUGACAACCUUGAAGAGCUUUUCGACUCGGCGCACACCAUGCGCUCGGUGUACUCUCACGACCCACGCAAUACAGACAACGCGUGGGUGGAGGUGUCUUGCGCCAACUUCCACGACGAGACGGGCGAGCUGACCAAGCGUUUGCACUUUAAGGAAAAUCAAGAGCAUGUCAAGCGCAUCCAAUGGCUCAUGGCACACAGCGGUCUUAACCUCUUUGCCUCGCACGGUGAUCUGGUUCGUGAGGCUUGCCAGAUCCACAAUGCUUACUUUUAA